GAGCAACAAGUAGGAUUCUACACAUUGGAAAUGGCAACAGAUCUCGAAUUAGAACCCAAACCACAUCACGUGAUUGCUUUUGAGAACGCUGCUGACUGUAGAAACCUUUGUUAUAUUAUUCAAGCUCAUCUGGAUAUGCUUAGGACUGGAAACGUUUUCAUUGUUGCGCGCCCACCAAAGGAUGCAUUUAGAGAAGCCAAGGCGAAUGGGUUUGGUGUAACGGUUAUUAGGAAAGGAGAACUGAAGUUGAAUAUUGACGAGCCAUUGGAAGAAGUAGAGGAAGAGAUAUGUGAGAUAGGAAGCAAGAUGUACCAUGAUAAGAUCAUGGGAGAUCGAUCUGUGGAUAUAAGCUCGUUGAUGAAAGGUGUCUUUAACCUGAAGACCAAACCUACUGGUGGAAGAAGAAAACGAUCAAAGCAGGCUGUGAAAGAUUCUAACAAGUAAA